AUGACUCAAGAACUUAUUCACAACUAUGAGUACAUUGCUGCAUAUUUAAGAGAUUUAAUCGAUUUAAAUCUUCUAUAUGACAUUUUUGAAGCAGAUGAUAUUAAUGAAAUCAUGAAGUAUGCAAAAGUAACUCCUGAUGACUUCACUUCCAUUCUUAAUCAAUCCACAUAUGCGCCAGCAACGGAAACAGUCUUUGAACCUCAUAAUACAAGUGUAUCAAUAAGCAAUUUGCAUGAAAUAAUUUUGACCUUAAAGUCUAUUAACAACUACAUACCUCAAAGAUUGCUUGAUAUCAUUAUUAGCAAAUUAAAUGAAACAGCAAGUGAAAUAUCAGAAUCAGCACUAAAAAUUUCAAAUCUUGAAGAUACAAUCUCGAAUCUUCAGAUGGAGAUAGAUACUAUCAAGAUUGAAAAGUUGAACUGUGAAAAAGAAAUUUUAUUGCUUAAAUCUCAGAUAAGUGAAGAAAUCAAAGACAAAGAAAUUAUUCUUAAAAUUGCAAAUCUUAAAAAUUGUGAUGAUUUCGAUAGUAUUUAUAAAUUCCUCGAAGAAUUAUCAGAUUCUGGAAAUCAAAAAAUGAUUUCUAUUGCAUAUAAAGAACGAAUUUGUGAAAAGAAAGACAAAUAUGGAACAAAUGCCCUUCAUAUUGCAUCUGAAAAUGGAAAUCUCAAGUUAGUGAAAAGCCUCAUUGAUGUUGGAUGCGAUUGUAAUGUAAAGAGUGAUUAUGGAUACACGCCCCUUCAUUAUGCAUCAAAAAAUGGUAAAUAUGAAGUUGUUGAAAUCCUUAUUUCUGCUGGAGCUAAUGUCAAUGCAAAAAAUUCAAGUGGAUACACACCACUUCAUUGUUCUUCUGAUAAAGGAUACUUUGAUAUCGUUAAAUCGCUUAUCUCUGCUGGAGCCGACAAAGAAGCUAAAGAUACUUCAUACGAGAACUCCCUUAUCAAAGCAUCAAUAAAUGGCCAUUUAGAAAUUGUGAAAUAUCUGAUCACGGUCGGGGCAAAUGUAAACGAGCCAGAUUCUGAUGAUUAUACUCCACUCAUGUAUGCAUCAAUUUAUGGCCAUCUUGAAAUUGCUAAGCAGCUUGUUAUUGCAGGAGCAAAUAUCGAAGCAAUGGAUAAUAAUUACUAUAGAACUGCAAUCAUAUUUGCUGCAGGAAAUGGUCAUCUUGAAAUAGUAAAAUAUCUUGUUUCGGUAGGAGCAGAUUAUAAUGCUCGAGGACAAAAAGGGACCGCUUACCGUGUUUCUCAAGGAGAAGUUGGGCAUUAUUUAAGAUCAAUUGGAGCAAGUUGGUAUUAA